UUCCGUCAAAACGGACACUUUGGUUGAAGCACAAAGUCGACGGCGUUAGUGAUCGGGUUGGACAAUCAACGGCGGAAAAUUAAUAGGCUACAGGCUGAGAGUCGUAGACUUCCGCGCCUCAUUGUCGUUCGUCGUGAUUCCAGCGGGGAUUCUCAUAUCGCGGGAAUUUCGCGCGCCAGAGCGCUGCGCGGCGUUCGACCGACCGACCCGUAUCCCAGUUCACCGCUUUUUUAGGCGCCUCGAAAUCAAUAUCCCCGGCGCGCGCGCAGAUGGCGGGGCGGGCGGGGCGGGACAAGGGCGCACUCCGCGCGAUGAUGCGCGAGAUGGCGCAGAAAACGGAGAAGCGCAUCGAAUCGCCGCUAGUGAGGUACAAUGAGCUUGGGCAGGCGGUGUGCCGUGUCUGCACCACCGUCAUCAAAUCCGAAAGCCUCUGGGCGGCGCAUCUUGUCAGCAAGCAACACAAGGAGAGCGCGGAAAGGCUAAAGCAGAAAGCAAAGGCCGCAGCAGCGCCCGCUGCACCUACUACCUCUGCCGCCACACAACGGUCAACAGGUGCAGCCUCCCAAGCAGCAGCGCCAACAGCGGCAGCAGCAGCGGGAGGGAGGCCUUCUGUUGCUGCUGCUGCUGCUGCUGCUGCGGCCCUCCCGAGUGAUUUCUUUGACUCAGCCUCGGCUGCUAAGCGACCUCGCCACGACUCGCGCUCUGCCGAGCCCACCACUGCUGCCUCCGGCUCUGCCAGGGCAUCAGCCUCUGCCGCCGCAGCAGCAGAGCCAGCAGCAGCCGCGUUGCCAGGGAGGACAGCUUCUGGAGCACCCGCAUCUGCCCCUGCCGCAUCUGCUGCCGCUGCCGCAUCUGCUGCCGCUGCCGCAUCUGCUGCCCCUGCGGCUCCUGCCACUGCCCCUGCCUCGGCUGCCUCCGCUGCUCCUCCCAGCACUACCGGUCUGCCAGCGGAUUUCUUUGAUGCCCCCUCACCUGCCGCUGCAACGCCCACUACCCCGUCUACUCCUGCCGCAUCCUCUGCUCUUCCACCUCAUUUCUUUGAUAAACCCUCAACAUCAGCAGCUGCAGCAGCCGCUGCUGUUGCUGCCCCUGCUGCUGCUGCUGCUGCCGUUGAGAGGGGAGGGAAGGAGGGAGCAGGGGCGGGGAAAGGUGGGGUAGGCAAGGAGGGUGGGGCGGCGCAGGGCGUUCUGCCGGAGGGAUUCUUUGACAGCAAGGAGGCGGACCACAAGGCGCGCGGGGUGGCGUACAAGAAGCCCGACGCCGAGGAGCAGUUAAAGGAGUUUGAGCAGUCGAUCAAGGCGGACAUGGAGCGCGCUGAUGUGCUGCAGGAGGACGAGGAGAGGGAGGCAGCAGACGAGCGGGAGGCGAGAGACCAGCUCAUGCAGCGUCUUCUCUUGGAGCGCCUUGAGCGGUAUCGGCAGCGGCAAGCCAGGGAGAGCGGUGACGAGGGGGAGGGAGGAGCAGGAGGGGAUGUGAUGAUGAACGGUGUGGGAGGGAGAGGAGGGGGAGUGGAAGAGAUUGAGGGAGGAAAUAUAAGAGAAGGGGGAGAGGAGCAGGGAGGGAGAGGGGAGGGUGGGAGGGGGAGUGGGGACGAGAAGGGAGAGGAGGAGGAGGAAGAGGAAGAAGUGGAGGGAGAUGAUGAUGAGGAGGAGGGUGACGAGGAGGGAGACGAGGACGAGGAAGAUGAUGAAGACGAGGAGGAGGAUGAUAUCGAAGCUGAAAUAUUUGAUUGGCGUGCGAAGCGGUUAUAACAGCAAGCGGUUAUGACAGCCUCAAAUGACUCCCAGGGCAGCAGCUGCAUCUUUGAGACAUCUCAAACCUUGCAAAAGUACCACAUCAAUGUGUUGCCUUGCAGCAUGUCUGGUAUGAAAGCCACAAUUCUGGAGCACCUCAUGUGUGUAUCUUAGAAGUUGUGGCAGCUAGCCUUUCUAGAAUGAGGGAUUUGUCACAACUCAGUUACUGUAAUCCCACGUAUAUAACACCCUAUGGUGGAUGUAAU